GACCGCUUUAUUUGCAGGGACUUCCGCUCGCAGUUUACAUAUCCCGUGUCGUUUUCCGGGUGGUGGUUACACUCAGGCAAGCUGAGCCGUCGUUAUAAUCAACCUUGUAAACAAAAGUUGCCUAACGGGUUGACUUCAGCGAUACGUGAACGGGAAAGACAUGCAUAUCAAAACUGGUACAUGGGAAGCAAGCAACACUGUGUGCGAGUCCGAAACCCUGUGUGACCAAGCAGUCCUCGUGUCGGCAACCAAGUCCGAGCCCCAGAUCCGUAACCGCCGCCUGUCUCCUGGUUCGGGAAACUGCGGAGGAGGAGGCGGCGGCUGCAUCUCCGGAAACGCCCAGUCUCCACGACAACGGUCCCCCCAGGGCGAGCCGAACGGCCCCAGCCACGCCCACGGCCCGAGUUUCCGCAGGGAGAAGGAACGCAAGAACCAGCCUCACAAGGGCCGCGCCGUCCGGAGGGAGAGCCAGAAGGGGGCGCUGCGAGCCGGCGAGCGCCUGCUAAAGGCCAAUCAAAAGGAGAAGUGGGUGGAGGACAGUCUGUCGCUGCUCAAGCCUCCGCCCGCUUUCCCGGUGCAGGACAGUCCUGCCAAGCUGCAGCCGGCCGUGAGCUACGCCUCCAAGGUGAAGGCCGGAGCAACGAGCGGAACGCUGGAGGAGGAGCGGCCCGCCAUCGGGGACCUGCUGCAGAACCAGUGGGGUCUGAGUUUUAUUAGUGAAGCUAAGCCAAUCACAGAGGGGCCCCUCCCUCACCCUGCUGCUGGCCCUCUAGUGGACACAGAGAGCAAACACCCAGCGGACCUACAGCAUGACGCAGCUCUCACAGUUCAGCUCCAGGAGGAAACUCCUGUUCCUGCUUCUGAGGCCGAGGCGCAGCAGGCCAACGGGGACCUCCUGCUGAGCUGUCGCCAUCUAGUGGAGGCUUUGAACUAUCACAAUAGAGAAUGGAAUAUAAUCUGUAACAGACAGAAGAAAGAUCCAAAAAGAGUGAUGUGGUAUAAGGAGACCCAGGAGCGUCCAGCCUAGCAGUGUGACCGACACACAGCAUCAAACGCCUACAGAACACAUACACACACACACACACCUUCACGCACAUUUAUACUCACGGAAGACGGACAAAUUUGAGUCCCAUUCUCACAAGCUGCACUCAGGAUGAUGUCUUCAUGAUGUCUUCACAUAAAGCCACACUGAGACACUUUGGACUAACUCCUUUGAGAUCUUACAGCAAUGGACUUUUUUUAACGCCUUACAGAAAGCCUGCCUUAAAUAAUCACCUCAUUCCCAUUUUAGCUUCUUCCUGUAAAGCUGGUCUUUUUCCCUCCUACACUGUUUAUUUUCUUUUAACAAUCUCCAAGGAGUCUAAUUUAAUUAAUUUUCUCCCUGUUUUUGAAAGUUGCAGUUUUAUUCAAUGUUGUCCUCUGCAAAGCGAGUGGUCAAUCAGCACUUUGUUUAAAACUGACCAGUGCGUGUGUGAGAAGCCCUCUGAAUUUUUUCCCCCCCGUUUUGAAUUGGAAACCAGAAGAAUGUCCUGUACCUACUUGAGUUUUAUUGUUUAUGAAUGCAAAGGUUUUCAGUUUCAUGUCUUCAGUUUACAGAGGGGUGUAGUUAACGGCACAGUACAGUUUACCCUUUGCCCUACAGAUCUUAAUGCUGUGUUCUCAUAAUUGUUUUUUAUUUGGUUCCUAUCGGGUGAAUGUUUGAAUCCAUAAGGGAUAUCGCAAUGUUCUGUGUGGUAGCUUUUGAAAAUUUAUUUGAAUUAAAGCAAAAAUUACACUGGAGAAGGAGAAGGGACGCAAGAAAGUAUUGCUUAAUAAAAAUGAAUAAACUUUGA